UCAUUUUUGCUAGUCAAUUUCAGUACAUAAUGUAUCAUUAUGGCUACUGUUGGUAGUUUCAAAAAAGUAUAGUGAUAUUUGAUUAUCUAUCUUUAUUGUUACUUUGUUAGUGGUUUUGUAACGUAACGUUAUACAAGAAUUUUGUUAAACUGGGAUUAAAUGUGAAUGUUUUGUACACUUUAGUUUUUUAAAAAUGAAUUGAGAUAGUUAGUGUUUUGGAGUAUUUAAAAAAAAUCUAAUGUCAGUUUUUAUUAGUUCUUGUACUCGUGAAUACACAUCAGUACUGUGUAACAUGUCCAUAAACAGUUCGUGUUGGUGUUACUCGAUGCAAUUUUGAUACAUUAUAGCAAGAAUUAUAAUAUUUUAUUAUAAAAUUUUACAAUUUACUCUAACUUUCCAUCCCGAUUCAACGAGGUUUAGAUCAGUGAGAUGGAGAUGGCGACCAUACGAGAUGUUAUAAAGUUAAUCUCUAAAAGAAUCUUACACUAAGGAGACUUCUUUAAAGAGUACACUCCUAUUGGUACCCUAGACGUAUUCUAUAAUUUGAAUAAAUAGGGUGUUAAAGCUGGUUUCAAAAUGGGUAUUACAAUGGCUUCAUGUCAUUUGUUUGGGAAAUGUUGCUCCAUAUACACUUAUAUAGCUUCAGCAGGUACCAACGUUACUAUGGGUCGUUACACAGGAAAGAAAUGUCGUUUAUUAACGAUGUUAUGGCUCACCGGUCUAUUUUUCCUAGUCGAAAUAGUUGUGGGCUACCUAACAAACUGUAUGGCUUUGAUAGCUGACAGUUUUCAUAUGUUGUCUGAUGUAGCAGCUUUGGUCGUUGCAUUUCUUUCCGUCAAGAUGUCACCAAAGAAAUGGUCCAAAAACACAUUUGGUUGGGCCAGAGCUGAAGUUUUAGGAGCUUUAGUCAACGCCGUUUUUUUAGUCGCAUUGUGUUUCAGUAUUACCGUGGAGGCGUGUAAAAGAUUUAUCGAAGUAGAAGAAAUACAUGAAGCGAAAUUGCUUGUAGGGGUUGGAGCACUUGGAUUAUUAGUGAAUAUUAUUGGAUUAUGUCUCUUUCAUGAACAUAGGAGUUCUCAUGCACAUUCGCAUGGCAUAUCUCGAAGUCACAACCGAUUGAGUACUCUAGUAGGAACGGAUGACAAUGAAAAUGAUGAUAGUUAUAGGCCAUCGACGCCACAAGUCAAAAGGACACACGGCCAUGUACACGAUGCGAGUCAAAUGAAUAUGCGCGGUGUGUUUCUUCAUGUACUCUCGGAUGCACUAGGAUCUGUGAUUGUGAUAGUUUCUGCUUUAAUUGUUUGGCUGACAGAAUGGAAAUAUAGAUUUUACAUUGAUCCAGCUCUCUCGCUCUUAAUAGUUAUUCUUAUUUUACAAUCGGUAUGGCCAUUACUCCAAGAAUCUGCACUGAUUUUAUUGCAGACUGUACCGACACAUAUUCAGGUGGAUGCCAUUCAGCAACGUUUACUAGAAAACGUAGACGGUGUUUUGGCUGUACAUGAAUUCCAUGUGUGGCAGUUAGCUGGUGAUCGUAUUAUCGCUUCAGCGCAUAUAAAAUGCAGAAAUCUGUCAGAAUAUAUGAAAAUAGCUGAGCAAGUGAAAGAAUUUUUUCAUAACGAGGGCAUACAUUCUACGACAAUUCAACCUGAAUUUAUUGAUUACCACUCUAACAGCGAGGUCAAGGAAACACCGACCGAAGAUUGUGUACUAGAUUGUCCAAAGACUGACAAGCCUUGUAAUCAUGCAACAUGCUGUGGUCCUUCUAAACAGGGUCGUGAAACUCCAUCACCUGGAGAAACACCGUACAUGUGCAGACAACGAAACAGUCUUGCACGUUCCACUGGUUCAAUAGGAGGAACCGAACAGCAGGAAGUAAAUGAGAUGGAACGCGGACAUUUGUUAUCACUGCCCGCUUCACAUCACUCCGUCCAACUUCCACAUUCACAUGUUAAUACACCGGUUGUCUAAGUUAUCGUCAUAUUCUCGAAUAUCUACCUCUGUAACACAAUCUGCGGCGCGUUACAAUGUUAUUAUAAAAAUUCAAUAAAGUAAUAUACAUACUAUGUUUUAUGGCUAUUAAAGUCAACAGUAAAUUUUCAUUGCUUUUUAUUAUCUAUGUAUGUAACUAUUAUCUUAAGUUUUAUAAAGUUUGAUAUAAUAAGUUUGAUGUGUGGUAUUUGUACAAUUACUGAUGGAUUAGAAACAAAAAUAAAUAAUGUUGGCCGUAA